ACUCCCCGUCAACCCCCGCAGCUCCUCCAUCUCUCUCUCUCUCCCCGUCCAUCAUGGCGUCAUCCUGCGCCGCUCCGGCAUCACUGGGCGGGACCUCGGCGGCUCGGCACUGCCAGCCGUCGGGCACUUCCGCCGGGCUCGGGUUUCCUUCCAGUCGGCAUUUAAAUUGAGCUGCAGGACCGUCAGCUGCUGCUACAUUCCGCGCCGCGCCGUGACAGAACAUCGGGCUACUCGUAUUUUACAUUUUUAUUUUUCGCCCUCCACGCAGCCAUUGGUCCCGAGGAGGAAGGUUCCGGGGGGGCUUUUUGUGGGCAGAAGAGCCGGAGUACGUUGAACAAUAACGGCGGCUGCGCUCCUGACAGCCGCUCGGUGCAUCAUUGUUGGGAUUCCUCCGCUCGGCCGGUGGACGAAAUUGAAUAGCGGUAACGUGGAGAGGAAUUAUCUAGUUUUCGUUUAAUUUAAAUAAGUAUUGGUACGAAAAAAACUAAUUCAAACUAAUUUAAUGCGAAAUUAUUAUUAUUCUGUUGGCCCCGGGAGCACAAGUGGCCUGGACUCGAUGACGAGGGCGCAUUUGAAGGGUCGGCUUUAAAAUUCAGAUAGAACAAUUCAUUUAUUUAUUUAUUUUUUUCAUUUAGUUGCAGACGUUACAUAUAUUCAAAAUAACCUUCCACUGGGCGGAAUAUAACACCAGACCAAGCCUCAAUAUUAUCAAUAACAACAACAACAACAACAACAACAACAACAACAGGCAUUCUAGUGAAGCAUGACAGACUGACUGACUUCAACAAUUAUAUUUUUCUAAUUUGAGAAACCUUCCAUUAGGUUAGUUCUCAGCUUCUUCUUCUCGUCUUACAAGCGAGGAACUCUCCUCAGCUCCACCUUUUUUAUAAGACCAGGAUCCCUCAAGGACGUUACAUAUUUGCAGACCUUUCAGGAUUCAUCUCUGACAAGUCACUAUCUACUAAGCAACCAUGUUCAGCUGGCUUGGGACCGACGACAGGAGGAAGAAGGAUCCAGAGGUCUUCCAGACCGUCAGUGAGGGACUCAAGAAGCUCUACAAGACCAAACUCCUGCCGCUGGAGGAGAGCUACAAGUUCCACGAGUUCCACUCUCCGGCCCUGGAGGAUGCAGACUUUGACAACAAGCCCAUGGUCCUACUGGUGGGACAGUACUCCACCGGCAAGACCAGCUUCAUACGCUACCUGUUGGAGCAGGACUUUCCCGGCAUGCGGAUCGGCCCCGAACCCACCACGGAUUCCUUCAUCGCGGUGAUGCACGGCGACACCGAAGGAGUGAUCCCCGGCAACGCUUUGGUGGUCGACCCCAAGAAGCCCUUCAGGAAGCUGAACGCGUUUGGAAACGCAUUCCUCAACAGGUUUGUGUGUGCCCAGCUGCCAAACCCAGUGCUGGAAAGCAUCAGUGUGAUUGACACCCCAGGGAUUCUGUCAGGAGAGAAACAGAGAAUAAGUCGAGGCUACGACUUCGCCGCCGUCUUGGAGUGGUUCGCAGAGCGAGUGGACCGGAUCAUAUUACUGUUUGACGCCCACAAACUGGACAUCUCUGACGAGUUCUCAGAUGUGAUCAAAGCCCUGAAGAACCACGAAGACAAGAUCAGGGUUGUGCUGAACAAGGCGGACCAGAUCGAGACCCAGCAGCUGAUGAGGGUGUACGGUGCCCUGAUGUGGUCACUGGGGAAAAUAGUCAACACCCCUGAGGUGAUCCGCGUCUACAUCGGGUCCUUUUGGUCCCACCCUCUGUUGAUUCCAGACAACAGGAAGCUGUUCGAGGCGGAGGAGCAGGAUCUAUUCAAGGACAUUCAGUCUUUGCCGAGAAACGCGGCGCUCCGAAAACUCAACGAUCUGAUCAAGAGGGCGAGACUGGCCAAGGUCCAUGCCUACAUCAUCAGCGCCCUGAAGAAGGAGAUGCCCUCGGUGUUCGGAAAGGAGAACAAGAAGAAAGAACUCAUCGGCAGUCUCGGAGAUAUUUACAAACGCAUCGAACGAGAGCAUCAGAUAUCGCCUGGAGAUUUUCCCAAUCUGAAGAAGAUGCAGGACCAACUCAAUUCUCAGGAUCUCAACAAAUUCCAGCCUCUGAAACUGAAACUCCUGGAGGCGGUGGAUGACAUGCUGUCCCACGACAUCGCCGGCUUGAUGGUGCUGGUGCGCCAGGAAGAAAACCAGCGUCCCAACCCGGUCGUGAAGGGCGGCGCGUUCGACGGCACGUCGGACGGCCCGUUCGGCCACGGGUACGGCGAAGGGGCCGGCGAGGGCAUCGACGACGCGGAGUGGGUCGUCGUUCGAGACAAACCCGCCUACGACGAGAUCUUCUACACGCUGUCUCCCGUCAACGGGAAGGUGACCGGCGCCAACGCCAAGAGGGAGAUGGUGAAGUCGAAGCUGCCCAACACGGUGCUGGGGAAGGUCUGGAAGCUGGCCGACAUCGAUAAGGACGGGAUGCUCGACGAUGAGGAGUUCGCGUUGGCCAAUCACCUGAUAAAAGUGAAACUGGAGGGCCAUGAACUGCCAUCGGAGCUGCCUGCACACCUGGUUCCUCCUUCCAAGAGGAAAAUACCAGAGUAAAUGUAAGAUUGCGUCAUCCCCUGACCCCCCCCCCCCAAAAAAAACCUGUAAGUAGACCCACCCCAAUUAACAUAGUAAUACUCCUGUAGCAUUAUAGCAAUAUAUUUGACUCCUAUUCCCGCUCUAUUGCCGACAUCUGCAGUCUUUCCUGAGCUUCAAGAGGCAAAUAUUACAACGAAGUACUCAGUUAAACAAUAAAAAAAAUAAAUAAUGAUAAUUAUUGCUAAUGUGCUGUCGGCGUGUGGAUUCAAAUGAUACGUUUCUGCAGCGCUUAAAUGUCUUUUACUGGAGAAGAACAUCAAGAAGUGUCCUCUUUUGUAUUUCAGGGUGAGCUGUUAGGCUGAACAGGUGUUAGAGAUGUUAGGACAACCGAUUAUUAGUUAUUAGUAAAGAGAAAAAAAAAGCUAAAGCGAGACACACUGGAAUACAGGAGAAUGUAAGGUGACCCAAACUACUGGAAGAAAAUGGGAGAGAUGCGACAAUGUGAAGACGAAAGGAGAUCUCAAAGGAAGGAUCGUUCUCGGGGGAAAAAGGAAGAUCGGGAUAUAAAAAUGCUGAAUAUUAUUGUAUCAUCAUCUUUGUUUCCACAAUAAAACAUGUCACGGUAUCUCGAGAUGCUGCCUUAAUUUUGGCCUCCCGGCACCACUGACGCUUCUGGCUUUUUUUGUUUGUUUUUCGUGGCGACAUAAUAAACAGCUUCAAGGAUUUCCUGUCGGGUCGCUUGAGAACACACACACACACACACACAUGAUUCUGAGUAUAUGAUUUGUAACCAGAGGAGAGUAACUCUUCAAAUUAUUCUAAAAAAUAAAAUGCCAAGUGGUUUCUCUCU